AUGCACGGUUACAGCUCAUCAGAAGAGUCAGACGACCCUCGUCGUCCGCGCUCGCAACCGGCCUCGUCAGGCAACAACCAGGACCAGAAGAAGAAGCGGAAGAAGAGACUGCCGCCCCAGCAGUCCAUCAACAAAGUAUGGAAGAAAUUUUCGAACCGCAAGUUUCACAAGGCACUUUCAGUGCUUCCCUUUGACCCCGUUGUCGCACCGCGGUCGGGGUUGGAUCGGCCGAACGAGUUGAUCUCGGAAGGAUACGAGCGGGCUGCUGAAGAAUGCCGACGCAAGGUCCAAAAGAUUGUUAAGGAGUGCAAGAGAGUCAAUAUGAGAUACCGUGACCCUGGCUGGGAUCUGGACUGGGAUUUAAAGUACGAAAAGGGUAACACGCUCAACUACAUUGGCACCAACAAGUUUGAGGUUAGCAGAUCUACUCUGCUGGGCUCCAAAGCUGUCGUCCCAAAGGCUGUUAAGAGAGUUCAUGAGAUUUUCGACAAGCCCACAUUCAUGGGCAAUGUCGACGGAAGCGAUGUGAAGCAAGGAGGCCUCGGCGACUGCUGGCUGAUGUCCAGCUUGACUGCAUUGGCUAGUGUCAAAGAUGGCGUGAAGCGCUGUUGCGUCGCCUAUGAUACCAAAGUUGGUAUUUACGGAUUUGUCUUCUACAGAGAUGGAGAGUGGGUCUACUCAAUUGUCGACGACAAGCUGUAUCUCAAGUCUCCCUGCUGGGACUCACCGAGCAUGCAGCGUGACCUCCUCCAGCAGAUCGACCGCGAAGAUGUUGAAUCUGUCUAUAGAAAGACAUAUCAGACGGGCUCCAAGGCACUGUUCUUUGCCCAGUGCAAGGACCAAAAUGAGACCUGGGUGCCGCUCCUGGAGAAGGCCUACGCGAAAGCCCACGGAGACUAUGCCUCGCUUUCGGGUGGAUGGAUCGGAGAGGGCUUGGAGGAUCUCUCCGGUGGAGUUACUACUGAGCUGCUCACGUCUGACAUUCUCGACCUUGAUGAAUUUUGGGACAAUGAAAUGUCCAAGGUCAACAAGGAGUUUAUGUUUGGCUGCUCGACGGGCCUCUUGGACUAUGGCUACGGACAGCGUGAUGGCAUUAGUGAGGCCCACGCUUACGUUGUCACCGAUGCCCGCACUCUCAAGUCAGGCCAACGCCUGGUAAAGCUCCGCAACCCCUGGGGAGAAAUCCGCAAGGGCCUUUGGGAGGGUCCAUGGAGCGACGGCUCCAAGGAGUGGACCACCGAAGUUCAAGAGGAGCUGGGACACAAGUUUGGCAGCGACUCAGUGUUUUGGAUCUCCUUUGAAGACUUGGUCCGCAAAUACACUCACUUUGACCGGACUCGCUUGUUCAGAGACCCCGACUGGCGCUGCUGCCAGCGGUGGAUCGGCGUCGACGUUCCGUGGAAGGCCGAGUAUCAUGAAAAGUUCCGCAUCAAGCUGACCAAGGACUCUCCGCUGAUUCUCGUUUUAUCUCAAUUGGAUGGCCGAUACUUCAAGGGUCUUCAGGGCCAGUAUAGCUUCCGCCUCCACUUCCGCCUCCACUACGAAGACCGACCUGAUGCGGAAGAUUACAUUGUGCGAUCUCACGGCAACUACUUCAUGAAGCGAUCAGUCUCAGUGGAGCUUCCUGAUCUCCCCUCUGGAAACUAUACCGUUUAUCUCAAGGUAACUGGUCAGCGUGACCAGGAGCAGCCAUCUGUGGAGGACGUGGUCAAGAGAGAAAGCCAAGGCCGCGUCGAAAACGAAAAGCUUGCCCAAGUUGGAUAUGCUUACGACUUGGCGCACAGCAAGGCGUGGGAGCACAUGGACAAGGUCGCCAAGAUCCGCAAGCAGCGAGACCAGCAAAAGGCCUCCUCGUGCCGCCAGCAGGAGCGCCGCAGGCAGUGGGAGAGGCGUCACAUCAGCCGUGAUAUUGCUAAGAAGCAGAAGCAGAAGAAUGGCGAGAAGAAGGAGCGGAGGAAGGAGCUCAAGAAGAAGGAAGCCGAGGAGAAGAAGCGACCGGACGUUGUUGAGCCCACUGUCGAGAUCAAGCAAAAAUCUGAGGAUGCGGAAGAGAAGGAUUCCCUGGCCGCAUCAAUCGAUGCCAUUGAUGUUGGCAAACUUUCGCUCAAGGACAUCAAUGACGGCUCAGAUUCUGAUUCUGACGAAGAGAAGAAGGAAGACGUGCCGCCGAUUAGUGGAGCUCCCCCUGCCUCGGAAGACGCAGCUGAUGAGCCCAAGCCGGCUGCUGACGCUGAGGAGAAGACUGAGGAGAAGACAACACCAGCUGAAGAUGCCCCGGCUGUAGAAGAAGAAUCAGAUGGAGACUCAUCCGACUCCCCAGUCGAGGACUGGGAAGAGCUGUAUAGCAGCGACGACUACACACGCAAGCCCAGAUCCUUCCCGUAUCCCAGCCCUGCAGCGCGGGACGACUACGAUACGGAGGAAGAGAAGAUGCCGGCGCCGUGGAACGCCGUGUGCAUUGUGGGCAUCCGCGUCUAUUCCAAGGACGAUGAGCUGGAGCUCCUGACUGUAAUGGAAGGUGGUGAGCUGGAUGGGAUGGGCACCAAGGGCCAGGCGGAUCUUGAUGAUGCGCAGAAUAAUGCCGGUGGCGUGGGCCUUACGGAGGAGGCGGGAGGAAGCAUUGGUCUUUCAGUAGAGUGA